AUGGAUUUCUCUGAGAGAGAGCGAAGAAUCAAAUUCAUCGCCGAUAUUCUAAUCCAAGCCGUUACUGCCAUUAUCGUGCUAGGUAUCUUUGUAUUGCUCUACAAGCUCCCUCAAUAUUACAUCUCUAAGCUCCGUUCGCGAAACAAAUCGAACGUCGAAGCUCGCCGUCACUUCGUCGCCGGCGCUCAACUCCUCGCCAAAUCUCGAUCCAGUAAGGAUCUCUCCGCCGCGAAGCUCGCCGUCGAUGAGGCCGACAAGUCGAUUGCUUUGGAUCCGUACGACGCCGCUUCGCAUAUUCUAAAGUCGAUGGCGCUUGAUUUGCUAGGGUUUAAGACGGCGGCGAUUGAGGCGAUUGAUGUUGCGUUGUCGCCGCUGGCGGUGAAGUCGCUAGAGACUGAGGAGAGGGCAGACGCGUUGUUAAAGCGAGCUGAGUUGAGGAUCGGAGUGAGUGGAAAGGAGCGACUUGACGACUCGGUUAUGCAGGAUUUGGUGGAGUCGGUGAAGUUGAAGAAGGAGAAUUGGAAGGCGUUUGUGUUGUUAGGAGAGUGUUAUGAGAAGAAGGAGAUGAAGGACGAGGCGGUGGAAGCUUACGAGAGUGCGAUUCGAGUGGAGCCGGAGUGUAAGGUUGCUGUUAAGGCCCUGGAUCGCUUGCGAGAUUGA